AUGACAUCAAAACCCCCCCACAAUUCUUCUACCACCAUCCCCCCACUCCCCCCGAACCAAACCCUCUACCUCCAAAACCUCAAUGACAAAAUCCGCAAACCGGACCUGCGCACAGAGCUGUACACCCUUUUCUCCACCUAUGGCGUAGUGCUGGAUGUGAACGCGCUCAAGACAAUGAAGAGCCGCGGGCAGGCGCACAUCAUCUUUAGAGACGUGGCGGCAGCGACGCAGGCGAUGCGUGCGCUGCAGGGGUUCGAAUUCUUCGGGAAGGAGAUGGUAUUGUGCCCCCCCCUCUCUCUUCUCGAAGUUCGGCGGUGGUUAGUUGGUCAGUCACUGAUUGGGGCGUUUUUUGUUGUAGAGGAUAUCCUACGCGAAGGGUAAAUCGCAUGCAAUUUCGAAACUGGAUGGGACGUAUAGUAUGGUUGCGCCAGGGGGAGGGGGAGGGGGGGGCGUGGGGGAGGGGGAGAAGGUACCUUUUGCGGAGCUGCCGGGUGCGCCUAGUGUCCAUCCACCACCUCCAGCUCCUCCUGCUGCUCCUGCGGGGGCGGCAGCGGGGGUUAAGAGGCAGAGGGAUGAGGAGAGUGGUGAGUUUGCUUCCUUUCUUCCUUCCUUCCUUGCUUGCUUUAAAUUGUUGGGAAUGAGACUAACGAGCGUAGACGAAGGGGAGGAGAUGGAUGUUGAGGAUGAUGAUGAUUGAUCGAGCACCUCUCUUUGUAGUUAGAUGAUUACCUUGACGUCUUGAUAUCAUACCUACCGAACAUAAAAAAGUGGGGCUUUUUUCAUUUUUCUUCUUUUUCAUUUCUUUAUUAAUCAACGGGAUUGGACGGACAGAUGGAUAUCAUGGAUGGAAAGUGUACUAAUAUCAUUGCCGGAAGGGAAGGGAAGGGAAGGUAGUACUAUGCUUGAUUUUGCUAGUGUAUAUAUAUCAUAU